ACAUUGAAUACCGAAUACUUUUAGUUGAAAACGUUGAACGCGACUGGGGGAAAAAUUAACGAACUAACCUUCUCAAACUGUGAUUAGAUCAAAUUGGCUUACCUUCUUGUCUCACAGCCCAUUACAACGUGAACGUGAACUAUUUGCAAUUUGUAUUCGUUAAAUUGUUUGCUGAAUCAUAGUAAUGCCGAAAGACAAGGCACAGAAGAAAAGGAAAGAUGAAGAUUCUGAUAGCGAUUCAGGACCUGAAGACAGAGGCCCAGACACCAAGAAGCUAAAGAAGGACAGAGAUGACAUCGACUCAUUCCACAUUGAUGGCAUGAAAUAUCUAAAAGUGAGGACAUUCAAGGGAAAAGUGCUCAUUGAUAUUAGGGAAUACUAUGAAUCAGGUGGUGACAUAAGACCUGGAAAAAAAGGUAUCUCCCUUAGUGCAGCUCAGUGGAAGAAAGUCGUGGGUUUGGUUGAUCAGGUUGAAGAGGCAUUGAAGAAGGUCUAAGACCACUGUAAUUUAAAUUGUGUCGGUUUUUGAUGUAGCUGUACCUAUUAAUUAUAAGUUAAAACAACAAUAUUCAAAAAGACUGUAAAAGUGAGUUUUUUUUUUUUUAAUGAUGGUUAAACUGUCAAUGUAUGAUUUUAUUUGAAUAAAAUUGAUAUUGUUCUGUAA